CCCUUUGGCCGGGCAGGCUCAUCAUCGCGGCCCAAUGACUACGAGGCCCGACCCUUCCCGCCCAGGGCCCAGAGAGAAGACCGAGAGGGAGCCCGAGGCGGCUUCAUUGCUGUCGCCUCUGCCGCAGCUGCAGCAACAGCUCCCGGGGUCCACAGAGACACCUGCCCACCGCAGCUUUCCCCAGCGCCCGGCCCUCCAGGACGGCACCUAACAACCAGCGGCAUCCGCAUCUGGACUUGGCUGGUGAGACACUUUGUACCAGAAGGCUCGAGACCUGGGGCCAUCGAGGUCGUGGGGACCCAGGAUCCAGGGAACAUGGGAACCGGAGUCCCAGCCUCGGAGCAGACCAGCUGUGCCAAAGGGGAUCCACAGGUUUAUUGCCCCGAAGAUACUGGAGGCACUGAGGAUGUGCAAGUUACUGACUGCGAGACCCCUGAGAACAAUCGACCCCAAAAUGAGUUGGGCUACAGCAAUCCGGAGUACUCUGGGCAGCUGAUGGCUUCCUACGAAGGUAAAGCUGAGGGCUACCAGGUGCCUUCCUUUGGCUGGCGCAUCUGUUUGGCUCAUGAGUUUUCAGAGAAGAGGAAACCCUUUAAUGCCAAUAACAUCUCCCUAAGCAACCUGAUAAAGCAUCUGGGCAUGGGCUUGAGGUACUUGCAGUGGUGGUACCAGAAGACUCAGGUGGAGAAAAAGAAACCUUUCAUAGACCUCAUCAACUCUGUGCCCCUGAGACAGAUCUACGGUUGCCCUUUGGGUGGCAUCGGGGGAGGCACCAUCACCCGAGGCUGGAGAGGCCAGUUUUGUCGUUGGCAGCUUACUCCUGGAAUGUACCAGCACCGCACGGUCAUGGCUGACCAAUUCACAGUGUGCUUGCGGCGGGAAGGGCAGACGGUGUACCAGCAAGUCCUGUCCGUGGAGCGCCCAAGUGUCCUGCGCAGCUGGAACUGGGGCCUGUGCGGGUACUUCGCGUUCUACCACGCCCUCUAUCCCCGAGCCUGGACCGUCUAUCAGCUUCCUGGCCAGAAUGUCACCCUGACCUGCCGCCAGAUCACACCCAUCUUGCCCCAUGACUACCAGGACAGCAGUCUGCCUGUAGGAGUCUUUGUGUGGGAUGUGGAAAAUGAAGGGGACGAAGCCCUGGAGGUGUCCAUCAUGUUCUCCAUGCGGAACGGACUGGGAGGUGGCGACGAUGCCCCAGGGGGUUUGUGGAACGAACCCUUCUCUCUGGAGCGUGAUGGGGAGACUGUACGAGGGCUGCUGUUGCACCACCCAACCCUUCCGAAUCCCUACACGAUGGCUGUGGCUGCACGACUCACGGCAGAUACGACGGUAACCUACAUCACAGCUUUUGACCCUGACGGCACUGGGCAGCAGGUGUGGCAGGAUCUACUGCAGGAUGGACAGCUGGACUCCCCCGCCGGCCCAAGCACCCCCUCGCAGAAAGGGGUAGGCAUCGCUGGGGCCGUGUGCGUUACAGGUAAGCUGCCACCUCGAGGCCGGUGCUGCCUGGAGUUCUCCCUGGCAUGGGACAUGCCCAGAAUCAUGUUUGGAGCCAAGGGCCAGGUCUACUGCAGGCGUUACACAAGGUUCUUUGGCUCAGAUGGCGACGCAGCACCUGCCCUCAGCCACUACGCGCUGUGCCAAUACACAGACUGGGAGGAGAGGAUCUCAGCUUGGCAGAGCUCGGUAUUGGAUGACAGGUCCUUGCCUGCCUGGUACAAAUCUGCCCUCUUCAACGAACUCUACUUCCUGGCUGAUGGAGGCACAAUAUGGCUUGAAGUUCCUGAGGACUCCCUGCCAGAGGAGCUGGCGGGAAGCAUGUGUCAGCUCCACCCCACCCUGACGGAGUAUGGUCGAUUUGGCUACCUUGAAGGUCAGGAAUAUCGCAUGUACAACACAUACGAUGUCCACUUCUAUGCCUCCUUUGCCCUCAUCAUGCUCUGGCCCAAACUCGAGCUCAGCCUGCAGUAUGACAUGGCUCUGGCCACACUCAGGGAAGACCUGACAGGACGCCGGUACCUGAUGAGUGGGGUAAUGGCACCUGUGAAAAGGAGGAACGUCAUCCCCCAUGAUAUAGGGGACCCAGACGACGAGCCGUGGCUCCGAGUCAAUGCAUACGUGAUCCACGACACUGCUGACUGGAAGGACCUGAAUCUGAAGUUUGUGCUGCAGGUGUAUCGGGACUAUUACCUGACGGGUGACCAGGGCUUCCUGAGGGACAUGUGGCCUGUGUGUCUGGCUGUGAUGGAGUCUGAAAUGAGGUUUGACAAGGACCAAGAUGGACUCAUUGAAAAUGGAGGCUAUGCAGACCAGACCUAUGAUGCGUGGGUCACCACAGGCCCCAGUGCUUACUGUGGAGGACUGUGGCUGGCAGCUGUGGCUGUGAUGGUCCAGAUGGCUGCUCUGUGUGGGACACAGGACGUCCAAGAUAAGUUUGCUUCCAUCCUUAGCCGGGGCAAAGAAGCCUAUGAGAGACUGCUGUGGAAUGGCCGCUAUUACAACUAUGACUGCAGCUCUCAGCCUCAGUCCUGUAGCAUCAUGUCGGACCAGUGUGCUGGCCAGUGGUUCCUGAGGGCCAGCGGCCUAGGAGACGGAGACACUGAGGUAUUUCCUACCCCACACGUGGUCCGUGCUCUCCAAACGAUCUUCGAGUUCAAUGUCCAGGCCUUUGCAGGAGGGGCCAUGGGGGCUGUGAAUGGGAUGCAGCCCCAUGGUAUCCCCGAUAGGUCCAGUGUCCAGUCUGAUGAAGUCUGGGUGGGCGUGGUCUAUGGGCUGGCAGCCACCAUGAUCCAGGAGGGCCUGACUUGGGAGGGCUUCCAGACAGCUGAAGGCUGCUACCGUACUGUGUGGGAGCGCCUGGGCCUGGCCUUCCAGACCCCUGAGGCAUACUGCCAACAGCAAGUGUUUCGCUCUCUGGCCUACAUGCGGCCACUGAGCAUCUGGGCCAUGCAGCUGGCCCUGCAGCAGCAGCAUAAAAAGUUCUCCAGACCAAUAGCCAAACAGGGCAAAGGACUAAGUACAGGAUCUAAAUUGGGACCAAAGGAAGCCAUGGCAAACCCAAGCCCAGAGUAAGCCCUCCGAACUAUGGGAGGGAGGCGCUAACAGCCCAGCCUGGCCUUUGCUCCUUCUUCCACACCCCCAGUCUUCUGCAGCCCUGAGCCAUGGGGACAAUCAUGCCUCUCCCCUUCACCCCACCCAACCAUGCCAGUAAAGGGGUUGAGGGUGAUCCAAGCAUCAGAAUCACUUAUUUAUUUCUUUCCUCACCCCACCCCCUCACUGCAUGAAAUUUUCAAGAUCAGUUGAUUCCCCCAGGCCCAUCAUUCAUGGGGUGAUGGACACAUAGGGGUACAAAUAAAAGACCCAGAAAGCCAGUAAGUGUGGUGUUUGAGCCCUUGGGGUUCCUGAGCCCUCAGGCUUCUGACAGGGCACAGAGGCUAAGACCAGCCCCCUCUCACUCCUUUGCACUGGGACACCAACUGUAGGCCCCAGGCCUCCACCCUAGCCUGAGUAUCUGUCCUGCAAGAUAAUGGAUAUGGGUUGGUGGGCAGGGAGCCACCCCCCCUCUCUUGUGAGAUUUGCAUGCAGAGGAAAGAGGGGACUUGGGCAGGGGAAAUGUGAGAAAGGGUCGGGGAGCGGCAACUUCAGGGGAGGCUCUGUGCCAGGAGCCUGAAGCAUGUGGAAGAGCAGGCAGCAAAAGUUGCCAGGAGCCUGGAGCUCAUGGUCUGAGCUGUCCUUUGGUGCCUCUGACUGCAGGGCAGACAGCUCUGGCUGGUGAGGGAGGGCACGAAGCUGGCGGUAAAACACUGAGGAGACAAAGACUUUUCAGAGGCUGGCCAGGCUGCUCCCCCCAGUCCACCCUUAAUAGUAUUCUCAAGCCUCUCACCUCUAUGCUCAGCCUGCAGGCUCCCCCUUGUGUCAGAGGAGUACAUAGCAGGUACAAAGACGAGGCAGAGGGAGAACAGGAGGACCUGGAGCACAGGAAAAGGAAAUGACAAAGAGCUCUGGAUUGCACCCAUGCCCGUGCGUGAGAGAAUGCUCUUUGAUCACCAUCCUCACCAAGACACAGGUGCUGCUGCUGGUGGUUUUGUUUGCUAUCCGAAUGACCAUGGCCUGCAGCCGCCUCAACUGAUCCAGGAGGGACCUAGAAGAAGAGGGGACAGUGAACAGCCCCUGGCCUGGCACCCUGAGCUACAAUGAAAUCUUCCUUUUAAGGCCAGCUCUCUAUCUGUGCACUAGGUCCUCUCAAAAUAAUAUUAAUAAUAAAGCUGAAUAACAUG